AUGGAUGUGGGAAUACUUACAAUAGAACCAGACAGUUAUUUGUCAGUUGUUGGGGGAAUGUGGUGGGAAGAUGAUGAUUUGCAUCUCGCCCACAUGGAUGAAGAUUGGGGACGGAAUCUACAAGUUGAUACUUGGAGUUGGAUGUUAAUUUCUGAUAGAUUCAGUCAGCCAUAUGUAGAUGGGGUGAACUCAUUUAUUGAAUUUGCAAAGGUUCAUUUGGGUGAGGCUAGUGAGAUUAAGUGCCCAUGCAUCAAUUGUUGUAACUUUUAUAAGCAGGAGUAUGAUAGUGUGAAGGCUCAUUUGCUCAUAAGUGGGAUGAUAGUAUCAUACACCACUUGGUUAGAACACGGUGAACUUUUAGAACAUAAUAGCCUUGAUGAAAGCAAUGGUGAGAAUGAUGAGGAUGAAGAUGAAUAUGAUGAACUGAUAGAGGACUAUCAGAGGGGGAAUUUUAUGGAGGGUGAUACUCUAGAAAGAGAGGAUAUGCUACAUGUGAAGGUAGAAAAUAGGUGGAGCAAUAAGUCUUUUGACAAGGUUUUGGAGAUACACAGGCGAUUCCUACCAGAAGGCCACGUGGUGCCAGGGUCGAUUUACAAGUGCAAGAAGUUGCUACGUGACUUGGGCUUGGGGUACGAGCUCAUCGAUGCAUGUAAACAUGGUUGUGUACUAUUCUGGAAGGAGAAUGCUCACUUGGAAAAAUGUCCCACAUGUCAAGCAUCUAGGUACAGAGUAAAUGAUAGCAAGGGUAAGAAGAUCCCUCACAAGAUAUUGCGUUACUUCCCAUUGACACCUAGGUUGAGAAGAUUGUACAUGUCUAGGAAGACGGCAAAAGACAUGAGAUGGCAUAGUGAUAAGCGUGUGGAUGAUGGUGUAGGGAGGCAUCCGGCUGAUUGUAAAGAGUGGAAGGAAUUUAAUUUGCAUUAUCCAGAGUUUGCCCAGGAGACUCGCAAUGUUAGGUUGGGCCUAGCCACGGAUGGGUUCAACCCUUUUGGGAACAUGAGCACUUCCUAUAGCAUGUGGCCUGUCAUACUCAUGCCCUAUAACCUCCCACCUUGGAGAUGUAUGAAGGCCCCAUUUUUCAUGAUGUCCUUACUUAUUCCUGGACGUAAUCAACCAGGGACUGAUAUUGAUGUCUACCUAAGGCCAUUGAUUGAUGAGUUGAAGGAGUUAUGGGAGAAUGGCGUGAUGACUUACGAUGCCUCCACUGAACAGACCUUCCGGAUGCAUGCAGCUGUAAUGUGGACCAUAAAUGACUUCCCUGCAUAUGGUGACUUAUCCGGAUGGAGAACUAAAGGUUAUUUGUCUUGCCCUCCUUGUAAUGAUAAUCCAUUGUCACGCGGGUUGAUCAGUAAGAUUGGGUGGGUGGGUCAUCGAGCUUACUUGCUUGAUAACCACCUUUGGAGGAAAGACAAGAAGUUUGAUGGUUUAACUGAGCUUAGAAAGAAAUCCUUGGAUUUACCGGUGGAAAAAGUAAUGGAUCAAUUGGAUCAAUUGCGGGAAGUCAAGUUUGGAAAGGAUCCUACCAACAAGAAAAGACCACGAGAGUCUGAAGAAUUGAAUUGGACAUAG